AAACUGUCGUGUUUUAACUCAACGCCCGCUCAACGUGACGUCACCACAUUUCCCCCGAUUUCUCAACAAUGGAUAAAUUCGUGGAAGCAAACAAGAGCGUCGCUGGUUGGAUGGAACCCAAACCUGUAGAACCGGGUUCUCUGUUCGCUCCCCACCAGCACAAGAGCGUCGCUCCCAAACCCGUAGCACGGAGUUCUCUGUCCGCUCCCUACCAGCCCGGCGCCGACUGGUACUAUGCGCACGAUAAUGCUAUCCCCUUUCCGCCCGCGCGGAGCGGGCGAGGGUUCAAGGGCCCACGGUCGCUGAUUUCGACCUGCAUUCGCGUGCUGGCGGAAAACAUCGUCGGCGCACCCAACCCCGGGGAAUUGUUAUCUGAUCUCCCGGAGCACCUGCAGCGCCCUCUAUGGAAGGAGCUGUAUGCUAGGAACAUGUCGUUAGGACACUGGUGGAACCUGUCUUCGCCCCUAAUACCGAAACCGCCGGGGCCAGCGUCCAACCACGCCAUCUCUAGAAAGGGUAAAGAGAAGGAAGUCCAGGCUGUCUCUGGAAAGGGUAAAGGGAAAGAAGUCAGAUUCCCGAUGGGUCUGAUCCGCUACGCUCAUGAUGUUGGCUGCCCGACGUGCAAGCUGGACGUUUACCUCGCGCCGCUUAUGGACUGGAAGGAGGGUCUCAUAUAUAUUUGCAUCGACAACGUCGGGCGUUUCGAGACCCACGAAAUGAUCCCUCUGGCUACGCUGCCGCAACUGGCUGUGCUGGAGAUCAUCGAGCGGCAGCGGGACGAGGGGAGCCGGAUUGACGAUAGGCUGAUUCGAGCAUGGAGUGAGGUUCCGGGAGUGAGUUUCCCAUCCCUGCGCGUCUUGAAGUUCGUCUCAAGAGGGCACCGGGUUACGCCAAGUGCGCUGCAAUACGUGCUGCCACUUCCGCGUCUGGAGAUCCUUGAUAUCACGGCAGUCAAGGAGUGCCCAUUGCGUACUUCCAACGAGACGAAGGACAUCGUGAAUCACUUUGGCUGGAAAAUCACCGAGCCAAUAAUCACAGAGGCAAGGCAAUCGCUGUUCGUAGCAUAUACCGAGGCCUACCUUGAAAGGGAGGUGCAUCGGGCAGGUGUUAUGGGCUUGAAGUGGUUGUUUGAGAAUGACAAGCAACCGGCGGUCUGGGCUGACAACCCCCGACUGCCGCGGUAUCGGGAAUGGGAGGAGAGCCGGGAAAUGGCGGACGAAAAAGAGAAGGCCGAAGACGAUGCAGGACAUGUCGAACCUGGACCUGAGCAGCCGGACGGUCCGGACCUCCGCGACUAUCUCGAUGAUGGCUGGCGGGCUGUGUUGCAAGGCACUCACGAGUUGUCUGGCGCCGCAAGGCCACAGACGAUUUAUGGCACGGGCCGUCACGAGAUGACCGUCGACCAGAUCUUUUGGUUCCUUGCACUUCUGGACCAGCGCCAGGUCGGCAAGGCGAAGCAAACGGCGAUGCAAAAGCAAGUAGAAGGAGUUACACUGCCGGGCGAUCAAUUUGUGAGCCUCACGCUGUGCGCCCCGGCUUACGGCCACUGUUAUCAUCGCUUGGAUUUGUGCGUGAGCCGCCUGAUCUUCUCUCGGCGUCGAGACGGGGCCGUGGCGCCGUCCGGGGCACCGUCCGGGUCGUCGACCGAGAUUCCACCGCACCUGAAACGGAGUGAGCCCGAGGCAGAGCAGGGUCCCGGUCCCGGUCCCGCACCUUCGUGGGCUCCUCGUUCGGAUGACCGCAAGGAGACGAAUCUCGAGCCGGGGAAACGGCAGAAACGGUCAACAGGGGAUUUACUUUCGUCGUUUGGCGUACCUCAGGGUAAGCCGGAAUAAGUUUCCGGGAUAUUGUCUUUGAUGGAACGCGGCUUCUCGUUGAUACGUUCAAGCAAUGACUUCCUUCGCCGGUUGGUUCGGUCAAU